UUCUUGGUUGCACGUAGUGGUACCACAGGAAACUGUAGACUGAAAACAGGCGAGUUGUUUGACAGAGAAAGUAGCGGCUGGGGGUCGCAGUCUCAGGCUUUUUGUUGGACUUUAAGAUGGAUUGUGAAGCUGAUGUCUUUUAUCGGGAGCUGCCAAAAGUGGAGCUUCAUGCUCACCUCAAUGGCUCCGUCAGCUUCCAAACCACCGAGAAACUCUUCAGUCGAAAGCCGCAUCUCAACAUUGAGCACAGCAUGACUGCUAUCGGCAAAGGCCAGCGGAGGACACUGCAGGAGUGUUUUCAAGUCUUCAGCGUCAUCCAUCGGCUGGUGGACACGGAGGAAGACAUCCUGAUGGUGGCUACAGAUGUUAUCAAGGAGUUUGCGGCUGAUGGAGUCAAAUAUUUAGAACUGAGAAGCACACCAAGGGAGGAGAAAAAGACAGGGUUGACAAAAAAGAGGUAUGUUGAAACUGUCCUCAACGCCAUCCAACAGUGUAAAAAAGAGGAAGUGGACAUUGAUGUCAGGUUUUUGGUGGCGAUUGAUCGAAGAAAUGGGGCUGAAGUUGCAAUGGAGACGGUGAAACUAGCUGAGGAGUUCAUGCUGUCCUCUGAUGGUUUGGUGGUGGGCCUCGACCUCAGUGGAGACCCAACGGUUGGCCAUGGCAAAGAUCUACUUCCUGCUCUGCAGAGGGCAAAGAACUCUGGACUGAAGUUGUCACUGCACCUCUCAGAAAUACCAUCACAGUUGGAGGAGUCAGACCUCCUGCUGAACCUUCCCCCAGACCGGAUCGGUCAUGGCACCUUCUUGCAUCCAGAAGUGGGUGGAUCUAACAGUCUCGUUGACAAAGUGGUGAAGAACAACAUACCACUGGAGCUAUGCCUGACAUCAAAUGUCAAAGGACAAACUGUACCCAGUUACUCCAAACAUCAUUUCAAAUACUGGUACGAGUUGGGACAUCCUAGUGUGAUUUGUACUGACGAUAAGGGAGUCUUCUGCUCGGACUUGUCUCAGGAAUAUCAGCUGGUAGCUUCCACGUUUGGUCUCAGCCGCGAAGCCAUAUGGAGGCUCUCCGAGCAGGCCAUAGAUUGUAUCUUUGCUCCAGACACUGUGAAACAGCAGCUCAAACAGAAGUGGACUGAUUUACAGCCGCAGGUAUUCAAGUGACCCUUUCAGUGGACUCUAAAGCCAAUCAAAUACCUCAAACUUUAGUUUUACAAAACACCUUCCAAUUAACUUUGUACAAGCCUUUGUAGAAAUCAUGACAGCAACAAAAAGGGAAAUACUUGGGAAAAUACUGAGUAAAUACUCAAAAAGUAAAUGAUACCUAUUUAGUA